GUUUCCUGGAUAAGACUUAGGGAUUUUCAUUUGCUUACUGUGGGGCUGUAUACAUAUACAAGUGAUACGAGAUUCCAAACGAUAUACAAUGAAUACUCUACUGACUGGACUUUACAAAUAAAAUUUCCUCAGCUCUCUGAUGAAGGCCUUUAUGAAUGCCAAGUGAGCUCAGAUCCCCCUGCUAGUCAUUAUGUCUACCUCAAAGUUCUCGUGCCCAAAACGAAAAUUGUGGGUGGUGAAAACUUUUAUGUGAGUGUAGGGAGCGAUGCGAAUAUCACAUGUGUUAUAACCGAUUGUCCAGAACCUCCAGCUUACGUCUUCUGGUACCACAAUGGAGUAAUGAUCAAUUAUGAUACCAAACGUGGAGAUAUUACAGUACAGAAAGCUGGAAACGACACAGUCAUCAGCAGGUUGAAAAUCAAGAAUGCACAACCUUCUGACUCGGGCAAUUAUUCUUGCAGUCCUUCCAAUGCUGAUUCCGCCAGUAUAUUUGUCCAUGUCUUGAGAGGAGAGAAACAUGCCGCUGUUCAAAACGAUGCAGCAUCCACUUCUAGAUCAACACGUUUUGUUUCUUCUGCGAACGUGUUGACUAUGAUUCAAGUUACCAUUUUUAUUGCAGCAACUCUCUGCGUUAGGUGACACACUACAGAGCUCAAGACUGCUACAGAGUUCUCUGUGAGACUCCAGCCAUCCUAUUGUAAAUUAUGCGUUUUUUCAUGUCUUCAGUGCACCUUCAUUUUUGGAUUUUUGUUAUUUUCCUGUGUACAGAAAUCUCAGGAAUGAUUUUUGUAAGUGAACUAUAUGUGUGUAUUACAGCCAUCGAAAUGUUUGAAUACCCCGUUUGACGAACAACUGGAAACGUUUUCGUAUUCCCCAGGAUAUUUUAUCACUGAUAUGUUUAUCGUGUUGUUCAUCAAGAAAUCGUGUUUUAUGGAGACCAUUAAUUUUCUUUGUUCCUUUGUACAUUCUCUGUGUAUCAUACCCAUUGUAUUUUAUUUAUUUCGAACACUUGUACCUCAUAUUUCAUUUAGCAGUUUAAGACGCUAUGACGAGCCUUAUCAGCCAUUAAUGCCUGUGAGAAAUUAUUUUUUUAAUAUUCAUAUCGCCCUUCACUUCGACGAGUUUAGCUUAAAUAAAAUUGCACUGGAAACUGACGUUACAUUAAAUAUGCACAUUCAUACAUGUAUAAAACUGUACAAGUGAUUUCGUGUUAGAGUAAACAACUAAAAAGACAAAUAUUGCAAUAAUUUUAAAAUUAUAUUAUUAUAGUGUUCGACAAAUACUGCAAUAAUUUAAAAAAUAUAUUGUUGUUUCAAUAUUUAAGUUCUGAAAUACUAAAAUGUAUUCCAGAAUUUAAAUGUUGAAAUAUAACUUGAUGAAAUUAGUUAGUAUUUAUUAUUUAUGCAAGAAAAAUUUUUAACACUUAAACAUUUCGCACAAAUUCAGAAUCUAUGAUUUAAAAUACGAAACAUGGGAAUUACGAUUUCCUGUUUUCAUUGUAUUAUUAAACAUCACAUAAUUAUAUAUCUUAAACUUAACUUUUUAAAUCAAUAAACUGUAUUGAAGGAGAAAAGAAUAUGCAGUAGUAAGACAGUUAAAGUUACUUGGUUUCCGAAAAUAUUAACGAAAACCUUUUAAUGAUAGAAACUUCAUAUUUUAAUUUUCUUAUCUACGGUUUAAAAUUAAAUCAAAAAAUUUUAUCAUAUUUAAAAAAAUUUCAAGCUAUUAAAAGAGUUUAGAUUUUUAUAUCUAAGAGCAAUGUAUUAGUUUAAGUAUUUAUUCAUUGAGUCAAACAUAAAGUUCAGGAGAAUAAUGCUUCAUAAGCUAAGAUUUUGUGUGCAUCUAAGUAACUGUAGUUAAGAUUUUGUUUAUAAAUAAUUUUAGGUAGAAAUCUUUUGCAGAAUAAUUUAUCUUAUAAAUCUCUUAUUUAUCUACGUGUAAUCCUGGAGUAAAGUCCAAUAAUACAAAAAACAUUACUUUUGAAAAAAAUUUGGUUUCAACAAAUGCUUAGAACUAAGUUUUGUUUUAAAUAUUUGCAAGUAAUAUAUUGUUGUAGCUUUAAUCACUGCAGAUCCAGUGUAUGUGCAGUAAAAAUUUCAAUUUCUUUUUAAGUUAUUAUAUAUGCCGUUAGCAGUUGUUUAAUUAGCAAAUAAAAAUUUAUAAAUGUACCAUUUUUCAAUAGCAUGUACGUUAGAUAAAAAUAAUAUAUUUCUAAUAAAAUUUAUUUACAUUCAUCACUGAUAUAUUAUUGUUUAAAUAUCGUAUUUAUAUUUACCACGCACGUAUAGUUUGUCCAAAUUUUACAUAUUAAAUAAUACCUUACAAAUUUUAAGCUGCAACUGAAUUUGAUAUAAAUUUGAAUAAAGUUUAUGAUUUGUAAUUUAUUUAACAAAUUUUAAGCAAUAGCUGAUCAGUUUACAUAAUUAAAAGUGCUUAUCUGUGGAAUAACGAUGUUGCACUCGACGCUCGUUAUAAUGACCACACGUUAAAAAAGGUUAUAUCUUGUGACUGCUAUAACAAAAAUGAAUUUAGAUAUACUUUCAUCAUUUUAGGAUGCUUUGUAUCUGUCGUUGUAAUGGAACGGUCGUUAUAACAAUCAUCGAAUGCAUAUUGGAAUUUGAAAUUGUAAAUAUUUUCAAAAGCAUAUAUUGAAACCGAAUGUAUUUUCUCUAUGCAAAUUAUGUUUAAAGAAUGUUAAAAGAGUUCAUCUUAGCGUUAAUAUAAUUAUAGUAUUAUACUUGUCAAAGGCAGAACAGGUCAACGAAAUAUGACCCUGCCAGUACACUUUGAAGACGGGUAUUUAUGAAUGGCCUGCAGUAUGCGUGUGCUAACGUUUAAAAAGUUUGUGUUCUCAUUGAUAUGACGGAUUUAUUUUUCUUUCAAUAAAUUAUCCGCUUAUCGUGGAUUAUAUUGAGUUCCUGUUCACAUUUUCUCAGUAUUAGUAAAUGCCAUAAAUGUGUAUAUCCAUUAUCUAAAGUGCAAACUGGUGUUGUGAAAUGCUUUUUGUCUUUAUUCAGUAACACGUAUAGAGAUUGAUCUGAAUGUAUUAAAUUCUGUACUGCAUGUA